AUGGCAGAAAGAGAAAAGAAUUUUAAAUUUGCAGGUAUUCAAAUGCUUGUAGGCGAAAAUAAAGAAGAAAAUGUUAGAAAUGCAUUAAAAUUUAUUGAUGAAGCAGCAAAGAAUGGUGCUAAUUUAGUAUCAUUACCAGAAUGUUUUAAUUGUCCAUAUGCCACAAAAGUUUUCGAACAAUACUCUGAAACAGAGAGCGGUGAAACCGUUAAACAAUUAUCAGAUGCUGCUAAAAAAAACAAUAUUUGGUUAAUUGGUGGUUCCAUUCCAGAAAAAGACCCAAUCGAUGGCAAGAUAUACAAUACAUGUUUUAUAUUCAAUGAUAAAGGUGAAUUAAUUAAAAAGCAUAGAAAGGUUCAUUUAUUCGAUAUUGACGUACCAAAUAAAAUUAAAUUUAAAGAGAGUGAAACCCUUACACCAGGUAACGAUUUUACAGUCAUAGAUAUUGGAUAUUGCAAAGUUGGUGUUGGGAUUUGCUAUGAUAUUAGAUUUGCAGAGUUAUCAAUGUUAUAUACCAGAAUGGGCGCAAAAAUGUUAGUUUUCCCAGGAUCAUUUAAUUUAGUUACAGGUCCAGCUCAUUGGGAAUUACUUCAAAGAGGCAGAGCUGUCGAUAAUCAAUCAUAUGUAGCAGCAGUAUCACCAGCUAGAAACCCUGACUCUGCCUAUCAAUCAUGGGGUCAUUCAACUGUUGUUGAUCCAUGGGGAAGAAUUUUAUCAAAAACUGAUGAACAUCAAUCAAUUAUUUAUGCUGAUAUCGAUUUAAAUGAACUAAAUGAAGUUAGAUCAAGUAUUCCAAUCACUGUCCAAAGAAGAAAUGAUCUUUAUAAAUUAGAGCAAUUAAAAUAA